AAAUUUUUUAAAAGUGAUGGAGGACACUUGAGGACCAUUGGAUUUAACCUUUGUGGACAUUGUUUCUGCUUUGUGGAGGAUUAAAUUCAUAUUGCUGCGACAUUAAUUACAGCCGUUGUUUUUAUUCUUCUGUAUGUGAAUCUCGUGACAACAUGGUGAUACUGCUAUUAUUCGCUGUCUUGCAAGUGAUGACCAUCGGCUCGGUGAGUGCUGGCUGUCCAGUGGUGUGCGAGUGUCCUGCGGGGCCCCCGUCCUGUCCCCCAGGGGUCAGCUCAGUGCCCGACAGCUGUGGGUGCUGCAAGGUGUGCGCCGCCCAGCUCAACCAGGACUGCCACGAAGGACGGCCCUGUGACCACCACAAAGGCCUGGAGUGCAACUACGGCAACGAUGUUGGCCGUACCCACGGCAUCUGCAGGGCAAAGGCAGAAGGGCGUUCCUGUGAAUACAACGGACGGAUUUAUCAGAAUGGUGAGAAUUUCCGUGCUGGUUGCAAACACCAGUGCACCUGCAUCGAUGGAGCGGUGGGCUGUGUUCCUCUCUGCCCCACCCAUGUCCCCCUGGCGUCCCCUUCCUGCCCUGCCCCGCAGUUGGUCAAGGUGCCAGGCCAAUGCUGCCUCAGCAUCGACUGCCACAAGGGAACUACCAUAGUCCCUCCAGUUCACCGCAGACCUCAGCCUCCUGCCUACCCGCCUUACCCCUUCAUCCCUUACCCAGCCUACCCUUACUUGAAGCCUUAUUCAAAACCUUAUCGGAAGCUGUACCCCUACAAACCCAAAAAGGAGAAGGACAAUCUGGGCAAUGAGCUGGUGGAGGUUGGACGCAAGUGGGACAAGCCACGUGGACACAAUCACCUUGCAGCGUGGAGACAGGUGGGAGAUCAGUGUGUGGUUCAGACUACUUCCUGGUCCCAGUGUUCCCGGAGCUGUGGGAUGGGCGUUUCUUCUCGUGUUACCAAUGACAAUGCCCGCUGCAAGCUGAUCAAGGAGACGCGCCUGUGCAACAUUCGGCCCUGCAGCUCCAUGUCGAUCCCUGUCAAGAAAGGAAGAAAGUGCUCUCGUACCCAUAAGGCCCCUGAACCACACCGCCUGUCGUAUGCUGGAUGCAGGAGCACUCGCCUGUAUAGGCCCAACUACUGCGGUGUAUGCAGGGAUGGCCGCUGCUGCUCCCCCCGCCGUACACGCACCGCCUCCGUCACCUUUGCCUGCCCUGACGGUGAACGCUUCAACAGGUCUGUGAUGUUCAUCCAGUCCUGCAAGUGCAGCGACGAGUGCAACCACCUGAAUGAGGCUGCCAUGCCUCCACAGAGAUGGCUCUAUGGAGACACACACAAGUUCAUGGACUAGUGGUACUAUCCCCCCGAUAUACAUUCCUGCAAAAACUCACAAAAAAGACUAACUCCUCCCUCUAGUAAUCCCCAUUAUAGAAUAGCUGUCCCUAGUGUAUCUAUGAGUAGACGCAAGCAGGUGCACAAGUCAAAACAUCUUUUCUGGAGAAUUAUUUGGGGAAGAAUGGGGAGAAUAACGAAUUGAACGGGUGUGACUCAGAAAUAGCAAAAUGACCAAGCCCCUGCUUUAGUGUAGAUAAAAAGUUGUUCUUCACAGAACAUGGAUGCUGCAAUGCACCAAAUGACCCCUGAACUCUGAGACUGAACCCUUUUGUUUGGGGACAACGGAGUGAAAGCAGAUACACAAAUAAUGGUGGCUUGUGUUAAUGAGCAGACCAGCUACCAGAAAACUGGUCUGAUUUGAAACUAGCUGGGAUCACGUGUGCUCUGGGAUAUGAUAAACCAAAUGAAGAUUCAUGGAGAAGACCUGACAGAAAAGACUGGGAUGCAGAAGAUGGAGGAGCAUCUCAUGUGUUCUGACAGGAAUGGGGCCUCUUGUGUCUUUUGUGGUAUUUAUUCAUUGGUAUUUAUUGUUAAGACAAACAUGAUGACACAGUGGCCUGCCACCAGAGAAGGCAGCGUUGCUAUGUUUGGAGUGUCGCCGUGGCUGAGCGGGGAUCUGAGAGGGACAAAACAGCUGAGAGCUGUCAGUUGUGAGGCAAGAGGAGGACUUGUACAGAUCUGGGGCUCAACCCCAGGAUCACAUCAGAGGUCCGAGCAGUCAGAAAAAAACCUUUAUGUAAUGAUGGAUGAUGAGGCCGCAGCUAUUGAGAGGAUGAAGAGGAGGUAUGUACUGGAAAAAGACAGAGUUGAACCUGAUGGGUCAGGACUUUGUAAGCACUAGUGGGGAAUAUGUCAAAGGUUGUUUACACAGCUGGACUCAUCCCCUGCCUUGCCUCUACAAGAAACUGAGACAUUUAGCAAGCACCAGAAGAACAAGCAUGGGAUUCUGGCGUCAAGAAGUCGACUGCCUAAUUCUGUGCAAAUUACAAUCCUGACUCUGAGGAGCAGUGAGAAAAAAACAGUCACUCUCUGGUUUGCUAUAAAAAUAAAAUGUUAAAACUGUGUGUGCUGAGGUAAACAUGUAAUUUGUGACUGGUGGGUUUGAACCGCUCUGCUGUGCAACCCAGUCUGUAAUCUAACAACAAGUAACAUUUGCCAGCUCAACAAAACAAAACAAUAACUCAUGCUUCUUCUACGUGUUUAAGUGGUGUCUAUUUCUGAGUACUAUUUAAGUUUGUGUUGUCAGCUGACAUCACCAUUGAGAACAGAGGAACUUUGUGGCCCUGUGGAGGAUGGGACCCUGUUCUUCUGGGGAAACUUUCUGUUGGCUGCACCUAAUGGGUUUUUAAAGGCAUAAACAGGGGGAUUCUGUUUAAUCCUGUCAUUUGUGGGGGAUUUGCUCUGAACACAUCUUGCUUACCUUGGACUUCAUGCACCUUAUGCCAGUCUUGAGUCAUGAAUGCAAAUGUCAUGUGGAUGAUGGAGAGAUCAUGUCAGACUGAAUCUCUCUCUGAAUAUUUUAAAUGAGUGAUUAAUUAUUUCAAGCACCAUUCAUUAUUUUUGUUUUUUUCUCUUGUGACUUUGCAGUUUUCUGUGAAGAGAUAUUUGCAUUUUCUACAGUAGGCUUCUUUAGUUAAGAGACUGCUGCGUCUUAACCUUACAACCUUGAUAAUGGGUUUUAAGGUGCUAAAACUUGUCUAAGUUUCCAUUACAACUUGCCUUUGUAGAAGCUGUGGUUUUGGUACUGUAUGUGAAGUAUUUGUUACAUGAAACCAUAGAGCAGCUAUGUACAGAUGCAUUGUUACCUUCUUUGUAGUUAUAUCUGCUGUAUAAGGGCCAAUCCUUUAACUGAGUUAUACUGAAAGUAGUCCUUUUAUAGUUUAGCACUGAACGAGGCAGGGUUCAGAUGCUUCUGAGCAUUACGUGCCAAAUGAAAAGUAUGAUGAUUGCAUGUCUACUGGUGUACAUUAAAACCAUCUGUAAUAAUAAAGUCACACUUUAUCGAUUUAGGAUUAUGAAGGGAGAAAAGGACCCUGGCUCCAAAUGAAGUCAAUGUGUUAGACUUUUAAAUUGUAGAACUGCUGAUGGCCACUAGAUGCUGGCUCUAAAAAGGCCUACGUUGAGCCUCUCUCGAAAAAGUAAGACAAUAAAUUUUUUUUCAGGA